CCUGAACGUAUCGAAGAAAAGAGAUGUACCUGUAUAUCUCGGAAGCAUCCGAGUUGUUUCCGCGCUCGUUCAUUUUUCCGCUUUUCAUUGUUCCUCGCGAAAAAGAAAGGGAAAAAGAGAUCCUUUUUUACGGACCGAUAUCGCGGUGUACAUACCGCAAACAGGCGGAAUUUGUUUACGAGCGAUGGCGAAGAUGCGAUGACGUUAAUCGCUACGUGACAAAGAUUCAAUAUGCGUCGGUCGGAAAGCGUAAAAACUACUUGAACUUUGUGUGUAUGUAUGCGCGCGCGUAUUAUUCCACGAGCGACAUGUAAUCACAUUUCACGUGAUGUAAUGACGCACGAUCGAUUAUAAAUCGCGACGGAAGGAUCUUCGAAAUCUCAGAGGGUGGGCUAUGAUCCGUGACACUUUACGUUUUAAGCGCGAUGAUUCCUUAAUGUCUCCACGAUGAUCAGUGAUACUUCACCGUGUCGUCGAUUACCGGCGGAUACGCCGAUCUCAAUCGAAACGAUCGCGAGAGAUGUUUACGCGCGUGAACAAAUUCCAAAUCGAAAUUAUCACUUAAAGGAAGAGAGCCUCCAUAAUUUGUUCAAACAAUUUUCUAUCACGGAGCCCUUUUCAUGUCGCUUUAAUAUUACAUGUCUCUGUACCAUUACUCCUUUCUUAAUAUUCCGCUGUAAGACGGCAAUUAACCCUACCUUUUCUCUCUCUCUCUCUCUCUCUCCCUCCCCCAAAUGUAUAUAUUUUUUUAUUAUUCUUCCCCGAAUAAUUUUCCAAGAUCGGAUUUUUCGCCGCUUUAGCUCCACUGCGCUCCGCCGUGCAACGUUCGAUCGCUUAUCGAGUCUAGAUCGAUCUCACUAACACUACGUGAACGUAGCAUAGCGAAAGAAUGACUCGGCCUGCGAUAUCAGUGAGCUAGUGUUUACGUGAUUCGCAAUCCUCGGGGUCGAAGUUCACCGACGCGAACGGAUCCAGCGCGCGAUGCCCGCGUAUCGUCAUAUAGAGAGCACACGGUCGAGCAGGCGCGGCGAUCUUGGACUUUGCGUAACCUCGGCAAUUAAGAGCGGAAAAACUCUCGGAAAACGAUAAGUUCGGAUCCACACGCUGAGACGUGCGCGCGGAGACGUCACCGGUUCCCCUCCUCUUCCUUCAUGCUCCUGCUCACCGUUCAGUUACCGAUCACCGUGAGAGACCGACAUCUCUCGCCCUGUCCCUCCUCCGUUCAUUGGAAGGUUCGUCUCUAAUCUAGAGGCGCGAUAACGACGUCUCCCGAUUCAAUCGCGUAUAAAGCAGCAGUGUGUCGUUGACCAUCGCCGCGGUUGCUCGACGCCUCGGCGACGAGGUACGAAAAUCGGUACCGCUCGCGUCCGUCGCGACUCGCGAGUUCCACCCUCGUCGGCUCCUCUCUCCUUCUGCACCCCGGUAAUUGGGGGAAGUUACAACGGCCUGAUUCAGAGCCAGACGCGGCAUCACAAUCCAUUCCACGGAGCUAUCCAUAACCGCGAGAUUAGCCGGUAAAUCGAACGUGCCGUGGGGACGUAACCGUGACAUCUCCGGCGUUUUCCACGUUAUUGCCGCUCCAGGUAAUCCAUCUUGCCGUGCGGCCCAUCCGGGAAUCCGACAGGACUUUUCGCAGGAAUAAUCGAUUCUCGCACCGAGUGCUCGAUGAUCGUCGUCGGCCGGUCGUAAUCUCGGACCGUAAAUCUUCGCGCACCGUCCAAGACGUGCCGAUCGCCCGGAGGAACUAAAAGAGAGAGAAGGAGGGAGGAAGACAGAGAAACAGCUGACUAAUCGUCGGCAAGCCCCGAAGAGGAAGGUGCCGCAGACUCCGCCAUGUAUUCGACGCUCCUGCUGACGAGGUUCGCCCGGCUCGGGUGUUACCCGCGCAAAUUGGUCACGACGUCCGCGGGACUGCGCUUACAGCAGCAAACAGGCAACCGCGUGGACCUGCGAAGAGAGCUGCAAACAUCGGAGAGACCGCGACGACCGCAGACUUUCACGGAGCGUAGCGAACUGAAAUACGCCCGCCGAUUGGUCGUCAAGCUCGGUAGCGCCGUUAUAACGAGGGAAGACGAGCACGGCCUGGCACUGGGACGUCUGGCCUCCAUCGUGGAGCAGGUAGCUGAAUGUCAGAACGAAGGACGCGAAUGCAUCAUGGUGACCAGCGGUGCGGUCGCCUUUGGCAAGCAGAAGCUGACCCAGGAGCUCUUAAUGUCUCUGUCGAUGAGGGAAACCCUUAGCCCGGCGGAUCACACACGGGAGCACGCGGGAACCAUGCUGGAACCAAGAGCGGCCGCGGCUGUCGGCCAAUCGGGUCUCAUGUCGCUCUACGACGCGAUGUUCGCUCAGUACGGGGUGAAGCUCGCCCAGGUGCUGGUGACCAAGCCGGACUUUUACAACGAGGAGACGCGCAAGAACCUCUUCAGCACGCUCACCGAGCUGAUCAGCCUGAACAUCGUGCCGAUCAUUAACACGAACGACGCGGUCUCGCCGCCGCCGGUGGUCGAUGAGGAAGUCGCCGGCGGCGGCGGUCGCAGAGGCAUUUCCAUCAAGGACAACGACUCCCUGGCGGCGAUGCUGGCGGCCGAGAUCCAAGCGAGCCUCCUGGUGAUCAUGAGCGACGUCGACGGGAUCUACAAUCUGCCACCUUGGCAGGACGGUGCGAGGAUGCUGCACACAUUCAGCUCCGAUCACAGAGGCACCAUCAAAUUCGGCGAGAAGUCGAAGGUGGGCACCGGCGGCAUGGACUCCAAGGUCAACGCCGCUCUCUGGGCGAUGGACCGUGGCGUCUCGGUGGUAAUCUGCAACGGCACCCAGGAGAAGGCCAUCAAGAGCAUCCUGUCGGGCAGGAAGAUCGGCACCUUCUUCACACAGACCACCGGCUCGUCCACUCCUGUCGAGGUGAUCGCCGAGAAUGCCCGCGUCGGCAGCCGAAUGAUGCAGGCGCUACGCCCGGAGGAACGUGCCGAAUGCAUCAACACUUUGGCGGACCUGCUGGAGACGAAGCAGCCCGAGAUACUCGCGGCGAACGCGCUGGAUCUGGAAGCGGCGAGCAAGGCGAGCCUGGCCAAGGCUCUGCUGUCGCGUCUCUCCUUGACGCCGGCGAAACUGAAGUCCCUGAGCUCCGGUCUGCGUCAGAUCGCGGUGGACUCGCUGAGGAACGUGGGUCGCGUGAUCCGCAGAACAAGGCUGGCCGAGGGCCUGGAGCUGGAGCAGAUCACAGUGCCGAUCGGGGUGUUGCUGGUGAUCUUCGAGUCCAGGCCGGACAGUCUGCCCCAGGUGGCCGCGCUGGCCAUGUCCAGCGCCAACGGGCUGCUGCUGAAGGGCGGCAAAGAGGCCGCCAACAGCAACAAGUACCUGAUGGAGCUCGUGAAGGAGGCGCUGAACAAGUUCGGCGCCUCGAACGCGAUCUCGCUGGUGUCUACGCGGGAGGACGUGAGCGAUCUCCUCUCGAUGGAGAAGCACAUCGAUCUCAUAAUACCGCGCGGCAGCUCGGAGCUGGUGCGCACGAUUCAGGAUCAGUCCAAGCACAUACCCGUGCUGGGACAUGCCGAGGGCGUAUGUCACGUUUACGUCGACAAGGACGCGGACAUAGCGAAGGCAAUGCGGAUCAUACGGGACUCCAAGUGUGAUUACCCCGCGGCUUGCAACGCCAUGGAAACGUUGCUGAUACACGAGAGCCUCAUGAGCGGCAGCUUCUUCACGGACGUGUGCAGCAUGCUGCAGAAGGAGGGGGUGAAAAUCAAUUCCGGCCCAAAGCUGAGGGAACUGCUGACCUUCGGCCCGCCGGCCGCCAAGAGCAUGCGAACCGAAUACGGCGCGCUCGAGUGCACCAUCGAGGUGGUCUCGGACGUCGACGACGCUAUCAAUCACAUUCAUAAAUACGGCAGCAGUCACACCGACGUUAUCGUCACCGAGCACACCGACGCGGCGGUGCACUUCCAGCGGGAGGUGGACAGCGCUUGUGUCUUCCACAAUGCCAGCAGUAGGUUCGCGGACGGCUAUAGAUUCGGUCUCGGGGCGGAGGUCGGCAUUUCUACGGCACGUAUCCAUGCGCGUGGCCCUGUAGGAGUCGACGGGCUGCUGACGACCAAGUGGGUCUUGAAGGGUGGCGGACACGCGGCCGCGGACUUUGCCGAAGGCGGUACCAAGAGCUGGCUGCACCAAUCCUUGCCCCUCUACGAAUCAUCGUGAAUCCAGCCGCUUCGAGUCUCUCGUGAUCUCGGGGAUUAUUGGAGCCGCUCAUGAGAUAACGCGUAUGAGCGAUUCCGCAGCACAGAAAGUCGUAUGCUGCGAGAUGUAAAUCGAAAUAAGCACACGUGAUAUGUAAACGAUCGUUAACUAGUUUUUAUUUAUACUAAAUUGUUCCUGGUGUUGAUUUUUAUACCGAAAUGUUCCUGGCGCAUCGCACAUCGUACGAAGAUUAACGUCGAGCCAGUGUCACAAACGACGAUGCGAUUCGCUGACGCGACGGAAAUAAAUAUCGAAUUUGUACGUACAAAAUUAGCGUUAAGUAGAUAAUACGAUAUCGCUUAGAAUAAGGACGAGAAUUAUGAAUUUAUCUCCGAAGUUCUCCGACGUCUCGAAGAAUCCCGGAGGUGCCUGAUAUUAUUUCUAAUAAAUUAUUAAAUUCGAGAAGGAAAA